GUGCCGUGCUGAACCGGACCGUGUUGCCAAGUCCGCGGUUUUCCCGCGAAACUAGGCAGAGCCGCCGCGGGUGGAAGCAACCCCAAUAACGUGAUAUUUAGCCUCUGGAAUAUAAAUUCUACCCCGUCAAAAAACUGUGUAUUUUAGCCUCCGGAACGCAUUUACCGGGGGACCCCCUCGAAACGCGAUUGCUAGGUUUGGGCGAGUUUUGAGUAGAAAUUAGGCGGGUUUUGUUGUGAAAACCUGGCAACCCUGAGCCGGACUCCCUCACAGGGGAAGAUGGCGGCGGUCGCCGGGGCGCUUCUGCCCGGUGACGGGAUCGUGAUCGCGGGAAAACUCUACUCGGGUGUCGCGCUCACGCUGGACACCUGCCUGCUGCCGCACGAGAGCGCGCACUGCAGCCCCUCGCGAGCGCACGGACUGUCGGCGCGCACGGAGGAGCAGCUUCGGAACCGGAUGUGCGAGAUGAUCCAGAGCGCGGGAAUUCUGCUCCGCUUACCUCAGGUUGCCAUGGCAACAGCCCAGAUCCUGUUCCAUCGGUUCUUCUACUGCAAAUCGUUCGUGAGACACUGCGCGGAGACGGUGGCCAUGGCGUGUCUUCAGCUGGCGUCUAAGAUCGAAGAGGAGCCGCGGCGCGCGAGGGACGUGCUGAACGUCUUCCAGCAUCUCAAAGACGCGGCGGGAGACAGGCGCAGUAGCCCCAUGCUGCUGGACGAAGGCUACGUCAGCCGCAAGAGCAACGUGAUCAAAGCAGAGCGGCGCGUGCUGAAGGAGCUCGGCUUCUGCGUCCACGUCAAGCACCCGCACAAGGUGAUCAUGAUGUAUCUCCAGGUUCUGGAGUGUGAGAAGAACUCCAGAUUGCUUCAGAUGGCCUGGAACUACAUGAACGACAGUUUGAGGACGGAUGUGUUUUUGAGGUUCAGGGCUGAAACAGUAGCGUGUGCAUGUAUCUUUCUUUCUGCACGAGUUUUACAGAUCCCUCUGCCUGACCAGCCGCCCUGGUUCUUGUUGUUUGGGGCAUCAGAACAGGACCUGAUAGAGAUCACUUCUUGUAUUCUGAGGCUGUACACGAUGCGGUGUGAGUCGCUGGCCACUCUGCAGCAGCAGGUGGAGGAAAUGCGUUCAAUAUUGGACGCUCAAUAUAACGCGAGCAAACCAGCAGGACUAUCGUCUGCGACUGAAACCCCGACAGCCGGGUUCUCUCCUGCGUCUAAAGCUGCGUCUCCUGUAGAAAACCAGAAGAAUCACGAAUCCCCGCUGUCACGUCUCGCCCUCAAAAACGCCUGUCGAAAGAUCGCAAGCAGAGACGGGAGGAAGCGUCUGAGUCGCAGCGAUGAAAGGCGAAACGCUCGCUGCAUCCCGUCGCCCCCCAGACGCAGGCGCAGUCGCAGCGUUUCUUCUCCGUCUCCUGGACGCACAAAGUCCCACAGACACCGGCAGAGGGAGCGGGAACGAGCGCGGAGAAAGCCAUAUUCGUCUCGCAGGAGAUGAUGUCAUCGGGUCGGGGCAGCGGACCAAAACUGACCAAUCAGACGGCGUCUGUGAAACCUCUUAAACUGCCUUGAAAAAUGUGUUUUGUAUUGUGUAUUAGAGCUGCACGAUGAUCUCGUGAUCUCGAAUCGCCCGUGUCUAUUAAACCUUUGACAGAGUCUUACCGGAACAUUCAAAUCUGCGUUUGCGUUUCUUCUGACACAGAGAGCAAACAUUUAACGUUACCGUGUUUCGAUAAGAAACAGUCUUUUCAACUACACGCAGUAUUAUUUCAGUCUUACCGUCAUUCAUAUUAUCACAGAAAUACUGGGAUUGAAGUUUAUAGUUCAGAUAUAAACACUGAUGCCUAUGGUAGCGAUCGAAAUAGAGCAAAUCCCCUUUUGAAAGUAACUGCUGCGUUAAAUAACGUUUGUGUAAUUUUGACGCAUACAAUGUAUUGUUGGCUAUUGCUACAAAUAUAGCUGUGCUGCUUAUGACUGCUUUUGUGCUGCAGGGUCAUGUAUAUUAAAAUGUUUAAUAAUUCGUUCAAAUUAAUUAACCACUUUUAAAUACACUGCAGCAAUUAAUAUUUUGUCACACAUUAUUUCGUUUAGCUCAGAAGCGUGGGAGAAUCGCGAUCUCUAUUUGAGACAAAAAAGUCGUGAUUCUAAAUUCAUCCGGAAUCGUGCAGCUCUAUUGUGCAUUUAUAUGAGAAAUCUUGAGUCUCCUGAGAAGAGUUUAAAUAAAAUUGGAGCAUUUUAA